GUGCACGAGACGGCUGGAUUGUGUCAGGCGAAGGCUUGGUGCCGGAGCGCGCUUUGCGUGAUUAUAUAAAGGUGAAGAGGGGCAGCGGAGACCUCUUGCACUUUCUUGGCGGCGCUCGACGUAGCGUCCAGUCCUCGCCGAGCACCAUGGCUCGACGCGCGUUCUUGUGUCUUGGUGUCUUGUGGCUCGCUUGUUGCGUGAGCAGCACCUCGCGAGUGAAGCGGCAAGAGGAUGACCCGGCUGGUGACGACGUGAACGCGGAGCAGCUCUGCGAGGGCCGCCCCGCUGACGAGUACUUCCGUCUCACGACCGAGGGAGACUGCAGAGACGUCGUCAGGUGCGACCAGGGCGGCGAGAACGGCGUCACCAGGCUCGCCUCUGUGCGCUGUCCAGGUGGUCUCGCAUUCGAUAUCGACCGCCAAACCUGUGACUGGAAAACACAUGUUAAGAAUUGCGAUAAAAUAGAAAAACCAAGAAAAGUUCUUCCUAUUCUUAAGACUGAUGAGCCAAUUUGUCCUGAAGGAAAAUUAGCAUGUGGUAGUGGAGAUUGCAUAGAAAAAGAAUUGUUCUGCAACGGAAAACCAGACUGCCAGGAUGAAUCCGAUGAAAACGCUUGCACUGUUGAUGUGGAUCCGAACAGAGCACCUGAUUGUGACCCUAAUCAAUGCACGCUUCCUGACUGCUUCUGUUCGGCUGACGGCACUCGUAUUCCCGGGGCAAUAGAGCCCAAUCAAGUGCCCCAGAUGAUAACGAUCACUUUCAAUGGCGCCGUCAACGUAGACAACAUUGACCUAUACGACCAAAUUUUCAAUGGAAAUCGUCACAACCCCAAUGGCUGUCAGAUUCGCGGUACUUUCUUUGUGUCUCACAAGUAUACAAAUUAUGCAGCUGUCCAAGAAUUACAUCGUAAAGGACAUGAAAUUUCUGUAUUUUCAAUCACUCACAAAGAUGAUCCACAAUAUUGGACUAGCGGUACUUAUGACGACUGGUUAGCAGAAAUGGCUGGUGCUCGGCUAAUUAUGGAAAGAUUCGCAAACAUUACCGAUUCGUCAAUUAUUGGAGUCCGCGCUCCCUAUCUCCGGGUUGGUGGAAACAAACAAUUUGAAAUGAUGGCGGACCAAUACUUUGUUUAUGAUGCGUCUAUUACUGCACCCCUCAGCCGUGUACCAAUUUGGCCUUACACUCUUUACUUCCGUAUGCCACACAAAUGUAACGGAAAUGCCCAUAACUGCCCAUCUAGAAGUCAUCCUGUUUGGGAGAUGGUAAUGAACGAAUUAGACAGAAGAGAUGACCCCACAUUCGAUGAAUCCCUACCAGGUUGUCACGUAGUAGACUCAUGUUCCAACAUCCAAACAGGAGAACAGUUCGGUCGUCUUCUUCGCCACAACUUCAACCGCCACUACACAACCAACCGUGCCCCGCUUGGUCUCCAUUUCCAUGCUUCAUGGCUUAAAUCCAAGAAGGAAUUCAGGGAUGAACUGAUCAAAUUCAUUGAAGAAAUGCUGGAGAAGAACGAUGUAUACUUCACUUCAUUAAUUCAAGUUAUUCAAUGGAUGCAAAAUCCAACUGAACUAUCAUCUCUAAGAGAUUUCCAAGAAUGGAAACAAGAAAAAUGUGAUGUCAAAGGGCAACCUUUCUGUUCCUUGCCAAAUGCUUGUCCAUUAACCACCCGAGAAUUACCGGGUGAAACAUUACGUCUGUUUACUUGCAUGGAAUGUCCUGCGCAUUAUCCAUGGAUAUUAGAUCCUACAGGAGAAGGUUUCAACACUAAGAAGUGAUCUCUUAAAAUAAAUUAUAUAAAGACUGUAAACACAUGUAAAUAAUACUCAGUACUUAAUAUUAUUCCAAUAAUUGUGAGGAGGCAAGAUGAGGCCAAGAUCAGCAGAAUAAUGCGUUUGUACGACGGUUGUCCUCAACAUCACCUACAUGUACAGAAAAAAACACGGAUAAUUUCAAUAGUUUUAGUACUAUCAUGUAACUAGAUUUAGAAUUGCUUAAUGCUUGGAGCAUUGAUUAAUAUGUCGUUAAAACUGCUUUGAUAAAUUAAACACCUACUUCAAGUUAUAAGUAUAUUUAGGUUACUACAAAAUGAACGAAAAUAUUUUUAAUUAUACUUAAUUAAAUUCUAAACAAAUA